UCCGACCAAGUCCCUGAUACGGAGAGUGAAACAAAGAUUCUUCUUCGGGCUUCUGAAGAUCAGCCUGAUGCUAGUGGUCCUGGUCAGGGUCCUCGUAUAGAUAAAGAAUCGUUGAAAGUUACUGAGGAAGGUGAACAUUGUGAUGCAACACUUCGUGAAGGAGGAGAGAAGGAACCCUGCAAAACAUCAGCAGUGGCGGCCCUACCUACAGUAGUUCAAAGUGUACAGGAAGAACAACCUGACAGCAAAUCACAAUUGCAAACCAAUACAAAACAACCUGGAAGUGGUCAUGGUGAUUCCACGGCAGGACAGAUCAGAGAACAAACUGGACUAAGUGAGGAAAAGGAACAAGAAGGGGGUCCGGAAGGUAACAAAACGAGCCAACAACAAUCUGUCAGUGGACCAGAAACAGAUACACCUGGAAGAACACAAGACACCAGUGGCACAGGACAAGAAACACCAGCUGAACAUGCACAGGGAAGUAAUACACAAUCUCAAGAUGUCCCAGUCACACAGCCUUCUUCUUCUGGAACUCAACCCAGCAAUUCGGAACCAGAGAAUGCCAGUGAAACUGGUACUGGAGCGAAUGGAAAUAUUGGCACAAAUGCGCAGAGUGAGUCCACAAAUACCCAAGAAGGUGAUGCUGAAAAUACAGAAUCAACCACCACCACUACCACCACUACCACCACAACAACAACACUUCCACCUGAACUCACAAACAACAAGAAGGGUGAUGCAGACAGCAGCAGCAGUAUCAGCAGUUCUGUGUGGGUACGUGUGCCACUACUGAUUGUGGUUACACUGGCCUGUAUUCUUGUGUGCUGA